CCCACCAUGACACCAUCACAGAACUUGUGUUCACUCGUGUCCCCUCUUAACAGAUUCGGAUCUUAGAAGAUUCAGUGUAACAUCAUGGGCUCAGAAUUUGCCUACAACUUUGUCUUCAAAGUGGUGCUGGUCGGAGAGUCUGGUGUGGGCAAGACCAACCUGAUGUCUCGAUUCACCAAGAACCAGUUCACCCUGGACAGCCGCGCCACCAUCGGGGUGGAGUUCAGCACCAAGACCACGCAGCUGGGCGAGGCUAGCAUCAGGGCUCAGAUCUGGGACACCGCCGGCCUGGAGCGAUACCGCGCCAUCACCUCCGCGUAUUACCGAGGAGCAGUGGGGGCGUUAGUGGUAUAUGACAUCACAAAGAAGCCCACCUAUGAGUGUGUAGAGAGAUGGCUGAGUGAGCUGUUCGACCACGCCCACCCUCACGUGGUCGUCAUGCUGGUCGGCAACAAGACGGACCUGGAGUCCGACCGGUGUGUCGCCACCGAGGAGGCCAGGCAGUACGCAGAAAAGAAAGCUCUGCUGUUUGUGGAGACAUCUGCUUUAGAGUCCACUAAUGUCGAGGUAGCAUUCAACAGUGUCUUGUCAGAGAUUCACAGGAGGCUGGGUCGUAAGGAGGUUAUCCAGCGAGACUUCAGAGCUCCAGUGUCCCUGAGAGGCCAAACCAGAGCAGACGACAAGAAGCCCUGCUGUAGAAACAUCUGAGCAGGCUCCUCACGUCAUCAUAUCAGACAAUCAUUAUAGAUGGAUGGAUUUGACUCAUCCCAUAAUACUAUAGUAAUAUGGUACGCUAUGAAAGGGCUACCACAAUGAUUUUUAUUCAUUGAUAUUGUUUAUAAAAACCGUUUAGAAUUUAUUUUUAUUUCAGUUGUGUAUUACAUGUUGACCAUAAACAUUAAAAC